CGCAGCCACACCCACUGUGUCUGAGGGUACCGGCGGACGAGGAGAACCAGACCCGGGACUUAAACACAAUAAUGCUGCCUUGUUCUGACUCGAACUUCACUCGCAAAAAGUCUCACUUAAGCGGAAACAUCUGACUUCCGGUCCGCUCGUUGGACUUUACUGGAUACUUUGCAUUUUAACCCAGAUUUCUCCUAAAAUCAGAAGAAUUUGCGCUCCAACAUGUUGCAGAGUUUCUCUCAGUCGCCGGAAUGGCUUUACACUGAGCCGCUGCUCUUUGAUGAUGAGUUUUGCCAAAAUUUGAUGAAGGACCUCCAGUCGCUACCGACACCCCCCCAGUCCCCUCCCAUGAAGUCCGGGCUGGGAGGUGGUAAGCCCCUGUCCAAGGAGGACCAGCUGAGCUACGUGUCAGACAUCCUGCUGGAGGACCAUGACAUGCAGCAUCUCGCCUGGGACAUCUUUGACCCAAACUACACAGAGAAGGAGUCUUGUCAGCCCAGCUCCCCCUCAGAGGAGGGAGGCGAGGAGCUCCUAUGGAGGUGCCUUGCUGCAGACAAGAAUCUGGAGGAGAAGCUGGUCUCCUCCAUGCUCGGCACCAGCCCGUUGCUGUCAGACAUCGACACAAGCAUCUUCGAGGAGAUUGCCGGCUCUGUGCUGGACUGUCAGAACCUGGUGGGUGCUGAUGAGACGGGUGAGACGAGCGAAACUACAUCAGACUAUGGAUCAGCCAGCUCAUCCUCAUCUAGCGAUUCUGAGGAAGAAAUCGACGUGGUUACGGUUGCCCGCGGCCCCUCCAGCCUGUCCCCUCUGACCUCCGACCUGACAACGCGAAAGCGUAAACAACAGCAAGAAGAAGAAGAGCAUCGUCUUCGUCAGCGUCACCACCUGGAGAUCCAGCUCCAGCACAACUACGCUGCCCCCCGUCCCGCCUCUCCUCCACCUCCAACAUCUAACAAACGCUCAAGGGCAAGCGAGAGCUCGUCUCGCCUCAACCACUCUCCCCGUAGCUCCACAUCUUCCUCAUAUUCUUUCUCUUCGUCAUCACGUUACCACUAUUCAUCUAGGCCCUCUACAGAAACGGAGGAUGAGGAGGAAAGGAGACGGUCCCAUAACGUGAUGGAGCGACAGCGGCGAAACGAGCUAAAGAACUGCUUCAUGCGUUUGCGCGACAACGUUCCGGAGCUGUCGCACAACGACAAGGCGUCCAAAGUGGUGAUCCUGAAGAAGGCCAGAGACUGUAUCUACGGGCUGGAGGACGAUGGCCACAGACUCCAGACAAAAAGAGACAAACUCCGAGCCAGACAGGAGGCGCUGAAGGCCCGGCUGCAGCAGCUCCGCAGCUAAUGCGCAGCUCCCAGAAUUUGUAUAGAGACUUUAUAAGGCGCACGCUGCUGAAAGCGCACAAGCAUUUCAAAAAUGGACCUUUUGUUAACAGUGAUUGGUAUAAUGUAUGACAAACACUGGUCUCUAACAUAACACAACACACUCGUCACCAUAAAACUUAGUAUGCCAUGACUGCUGACUGUUGGGAUUUUGCGAGGUAGAUUUUUAUUCAACUUUUUUUCUAAAUCCCUGUUUUUUAUGUAUUCCCUUGCCCCCCCCCCCCCCCCCCCCCCCCCCCCCCCGCGGUGCAGGUGCAGACAAGUGUUUGGGCCAGAUAACUGGAAGCCACAGUAGCUCAGUGUUAAGGGAGAAUCUUGUUUUCAGGACGUCUCAUAGCCAUAAUGACCAGUGAUUCCCUCCAACCGGACAGGUGUAGGUGGCUUUAAAGUUAUUUGGACACAAACUUUUCUAAUCUUCCAGUCGUAUCUUUGUAGACAUCUGCUGCAGUAGCAGCGACAAUCUGUUUCAUCAAUGAAAAGAGAAUAAAAUCUAGUUUAAAGAUCAGAGCUUAUCUGCAUCAUGAUGGUUGUGACUAAGCUGUAAUAGUCAGAUACUGAGCAGCCGACGGCCCCAACCAGACUUUGACCAAUAUAAGACGAAAUGUUCCUUCUGUGCCUAAAUGGACCCGAUGGAUGUUUAACGGCUGCCGCGGAGCAAAGUCCCGAAGAUGGAGACCUUUCAGAAAACCUCAUGCCAGUGUUGUUCAUUAUGGAAACAUUAAUGACAGAACAUUGAACUCUUGUCUUAAAAUGUUUUAAUUUAAUCCACUCGGUUCUUCCAUCUUCAGGUCGUUAAAAGGUGUUUUUGGCCUUUUUCAGGAAUUCUUGAUUCUGUGAUUUCUGUUUGGCUAAUGUAUUUUAUUUUUUCUUCCAAUAAUGGUUUGUCGCAGGAGCUCUACAUUCUUCGUUUAUUAUUUUUUUUAUUAUGUUGAAGUUUGGUCUCUAUAGUGAAGAUGCAGUGAGGUUCUUAUCGCAGGGAUCUUAUUUUAUUUUUUGAAUUCUGUUUUCUUCACGUUGAACCUGGCAAACCUACCUCCACCUGACUGCAGUUAGGCCAUAUUUGUACAAAUAUUAUGAAUUUGUUAUUGUAUGAUAAAUUAUUUUAGGUAUUCUUUGUUUAUUUUGAAUUUGAAAUUUAAAAGUUGGCACCUUUUUUUAAAAUUUGCAAUAAAAAUGAGAAAAUCA